UCCAGGUCCUCAUCACGUUAAAGUCGCCAGUUGCUUCAUCUCUUCUGGAUUCUAUUCUAUCAUUCUUACCUACCUUCAUUAAUUUGAAGACGUCCUUCAAUAUAAUCUUCUUCUUCUUCUACAUCGACAUUCCCAAGAAAACGCCAGAAAUCUAUGCUUCUUCCUAGUUCUUUCUCCCUCUUUCAACACAACUCUUAUUAUAACGGGAAUUUGAGGUUUUUAUGAUUCAGGGUUCAAUAUGUAUACUGUGGCAAGGUUAAUAUCAAGAGGAGUAUAUACAGUAUCAGGACCAUUCCAUCCAUUUGGUGGUGCUGUAGAUAUUAUAGUAGUUGAACAACCAGAUGGAAGUUAUAAAUCGUCACCUUGGUAUGUAAGAUUUGGGAAAUUUCAAGGGGUUUUGAAAACUAGAGAGAAAGUUGUUAAUAUCGAUGUUAAUGGGAUUGAUUCAGAUUUUCAUAUGUAUUUAGAUCAUAAAGGGGAAGCUUAUUUUCUUCGGGAUGUUAAAGAAGAUGACGAUGAUUUGAUUUUUACUUCUCCUCUUUCUUCCGGUGAAGAAGAAACUGAUGAUAAUAAUAGUAAUAGCAAUCAGUUGGUUACGGAGACCUCGAUUGAAUCGCAGAGUAGUAUUGAUUCGUUAAGUGUUGAGAAUGAGUUUAAGGGAGAUGUGAAUUUGUUACCCAGGACCAAUUCCAGGCGGUCUAGGUUAUUGAGAUACGUUUUUGGGCGAAGAUCAUCGGUGGGGCAGGAAAUGGGUGGUAGUGGGGAUGGGAGUAUUGUGAGGUUGGAUUCAUUGGAGCAAGCUCAAGUUGCUGCAGAUUUGCUGGAGGUGAAUUGGUCUAAUAAUCUUUCAACUACUGAGGUAAGCGAUUCAAAAUUUGAUCUUUUGGAAUCUAAUGAGAAUGAUUUAGAUUUGGGCGUAAACAAUAAGAAUGAUGAUGAUGAAACUGCUGUAAUUUUUGAUUUACAAAAUUCAAAUUUGGGUGAGAUUGAUGCAAAACCUAGUUUAGAGUCUAGUACAGAACAGAUUUCUAGAGAAUGUAAUGAUAUUCUGGGAGAUAGUUUACAUGAAGUGGGAAGUCAAGGUGAAAGGGUUUCUUCUUAUACAGAUUGUGAGACACCAGAUAGUUUCGUGGCAGGGGUGGACAAUUUAGGAGAAGAGAGAAACCAAUUUUACUGUGAAACAAUGGAGCUCAUUACUGAGGUUAGUUCUGAGCGUGUAUCACGUGUUCUCUUGAUCAAUGAGGAUACAGAACAUGAUUUAGGUACUUGCAACGUUCGGAUCAAUCAGAUUGGGAGUGGAAAGAAUGGAACUUUCAUGGACUGUAAUGCCGAAAAUAUUAGAAAUGAAUCACCUUCACUGGUUAAUAUGCACAUGCUAGCUUCUGAUUCUGUUGAGCCUGGGAAGAUGCAAGCUAUUGAAUUGAGAACGGUACCGGAAAUAGCUGGCGAGAAGAAGUUGGAGGCAGAUAUAGAUGAGGAAUCUGCCGAUCAAUCGACAAUGACAAAAUCUUCUCAUUCUUACACGUCCAACAGUAAUGGUUUUCAUCUUCAAGGAUCAGCAGUUGCCCCAGAACCGGAAGCUCAAGUUGUUAGUGCUGAUAACUUUAUCAGUUCACCCGUAGAUAGAGAGUUAGCAGAGAGUUCAGAUGAAGAACAAUUUGUUUUCAGCGACAUUGAUCAAUUGGAACCCAGUCCCGUCCAUCGCAAAGACUCAACGUCUUCCAAUUCCAGGGAGAUAGAAACUAAUCCUUUGACUUCUAUGGAAAACAUCUUAAAAGAUCACGACGCCUCUUUAUCUUUAAAAACUUUUGUUCCUGGGCAACCUCCUCUUAGUUCUCAGUCAGAGUUUGAAGAAUUAAGGACUACAUCCGGUCCACUAAGUAUUCCCAGCGGUCGAAGGGGUCCAUCAGAGGAAGUUGAAUGGAUGAUGGAAUCUUUGCCAAACUUUCGAUCUGGCAUCGACAAUUUGGAUGUACCUGAUGUCCAUCCUCUAAGCUGCUCACUAGAUUCAGGUUCAGAAGGUCUGGGGUGGAAAUUGUUUAGGAAGGAUAGCUCAAAGCCUUUUACGUCUGAUAUCAACUCAGACAACUUCCUAAAAGAACAGCAUCGAAGUCCAAAAACUUGUAAACUUGAAGAACUUAAAAGAAUGUUAAGUAUCCCGGAAAUUGAGAUUUCUUUGUGCAAGCACUUGUUGUAUGAAGGGAUGGGAAUUGACGCUGCUUCACAAGCCUUUGAUGCUGAAAAAGUAGAUCCAGAGAACUUUGUGGCUGUAGCCUCUGCACCUUUGAACAGUGACAAGCUCGUUGUUAGAAUGGGUGGCCGUUACUUCCCUUGGGAUGCAGCUGUUCCAGUUAUUUCGGGGAUGGCUUCGUUUGGUCAUGAACUAACCUUUGAUCCUGAGGGCAUGAUUGCUGUGGAACGAAUUGAAGAGGCUCUAGAAGGGCAGUCACCAAGAUCUAUAGUUGCCUCUGGAGGCAGCUGGAGACUCUGGCCUUUUAGUUUGAGACGGUCAAGAACCAUCGGGUCUGUAGGUUCAGGGAUGGAUAACACCAUGUGCGAGGGCACUGAUAAUGCAUCAGAGAGCUCCAACUAUGUAUCUCCAGAUAGAAAUGCACAACAAGUCAAGGUUACUGUGAAGAAGGUGAAGUCAAUUGUUCCAACAUCUGAACAGCUGGCAUCUUUGAAUCUGAAGGAAGGUCAGAACGUGAUAAAAUUCACAUUUUCAACUGCGAUGCUGGGGAAUCAGCAGGUCGAUGCUAGAAUUUUUCUUUGGAAGCAUAGUGCACGUAUAGUUGUAUCCGAUGUUGAUGGGACAAUUACCAAAUCAGAUGUUCUUGGCCAGUUCAUGCCCUUGGUUGGAAAAGAUUGGUCUCAGACUGGUGUUGCACACCUAUUUUCAGCAAUCGAGGAAAAUGGGUACAAGUUUAUUUACCUCAGCGCACGUUCAGUUUCUCAGGCCUACCUCACAAGGCAGUUUCUAAUUAACCUCAAGCAGGAUGGAAAAGCACUACCAGAUGGGCCUGUUGUCAUUUCUCCUGAUGGGCUUUUCCCUUCUCUCUACCGAGAAGUUAUCAGAAGAGCUCCUCAUGAGUUUAAGAUCGGAUGCCUAGAGGAUAUCAAGGCAUUGUUUCCUCUUGAUUCCCAUCCAUUUUAUGCUGGUUUUGGGAAUAGAGACACAGAUGAGCUUAGCUACCUAAAGGUUGGAGUUCCGAAAGGAAAAAUCUUCACCAUUAAUCCUAAGGGCGAGGUUGCUGUUCAUCGUCGGGUCGACACAAAAUCAUACACUUCUCUUCAUGCACUUGUUAAUGGCAUGUUCCCUGCCAUGUGCUCAGCUGGGCAGGAAGAAUUUAAUCAGUGGAAUUUCUGGAAACUACCUCCUCUUCAUAUCGAUGAAUGAAGACAUUGACAUUUCCUAACAAGAAAAUUCUUGCCUCGCCCCUUGGAAGUGGGAGAGGGCGAUGGCUCUGACCAUUUUGGCCAUGGACGACCCAGAUAAGAUAUUUGUUGAUGGCUCAGAGUCCCUAUUGUUGUUGUGGGUGUGUCAUUUAUUGAUAGCAGGAAUUGGUCUACAAAUGAUUUAAGGGGAGAGAGAUGAAUUUACGUGUUCUUAUUUUUCCUCCAGAUGACUUGAUUAAUAAACGUGUAACAUAGUGUGUCUAAUAUAUAUCCAUCCCACUUGUUGUCAUAAGAACUCUGUAUGAUUUAUACAGUCAUAAACCAAACAUGUAACUUAUCCUCCACAAAGGUGGGUUUAAAUGUGAAACAACCUCCUGUUGUUCCAGCUCGCAGAAGCUAAAGCAUGCAUAAAAAGAAGGGAAAUAAAAGGAAAACAAGGGAUUAAGAGACGGUGGCAAAUGAAAGUUGGACGAUGUUUAUCCGGACAUCUAAGAACAGUUUUGACACAACAUCCAUCAUAACGACGAGUACAAAAGUUGGUAUUUACAUAAACGGUAGCAUUUUGUUACGGUACUAUAUCAUACCUUCAAAAUGCAAAUUAAGCUGUCAAGCCCUUCAUGGUGUCACUUGGAAACAUGAGAUAGUAGUUGCUAGAAGAUGACAGCUACAACUACUACAAUCAAGGAUGCAAGGAAAAAACAAGACAAAGAAAGCUGGUAAUGGAACCCAUUGGAGUUAGCUGGUAACGAGAUUGCUCAUCUCGUUCUCGUUAAUGAAACCAUCAUGGUUAGUAUCAGCAGAAUGAACUCCACGCCAGCUCUUCCACGUCCAGUUUUACGUAGUACUUCUUUUAGCUCUUGGUUACUUAUACGGCCAUCACAGUCCGAAUUAGAUUUCUUCAACCACACCUUGAACUCCUCCAAAGUCAUCUGACAGGGUUUGCCAGAUACAUAUAUAUUUGCAGGAGGGUGCUUAAUUGCCAUUUUUCUUCCUAAUUACUUUUCUACGUUACAGAUAUCUUACAAAAUACGAAAGA